AGAUGCGCUGAAUCGCACACAGACGCGCGGCAUCGAGGGCCAGCUGUAUAACAAGGUUAACGAGCUGCAGGAGGAUUUGUCCAUGAAGAAAUUUGAUUUGCGCGCCAAGCAAAUACAUUUGGCUGCUAUCCGAGCACAGAAGGAGUUAUUCGUUAGCAAAGUUGAGCCCACCUCGCCGCGCAACGAACGCAAAUUCUCGGCCGCAACUGCGCCAUCGAUGAAAACAAAGUGGCUGAAAGCAUUUAAGAGCCUUAAGCCGGCGGGUUCUGGUUCAGCAACACAAGCAGAUAGGCGUAAUGGUGCCUCGAAUGCGCCCUCGGAGACGCUGCGUCCCAAUCUCGAUGGCAGCCAUCAUCUGCAGGAAUACACAUACAAGAAGAUAACAGCUUGUGAUGUCUGCUCGCAAAUCUUAAGAGGCCAUACACGUCAGGGCCUGCGUUGUCGCAUCUGCAAGCUGAAUGCCCAUGGCGACUGUGCACCGAACUUGCCACGCUGCCAGCCCAAGCAGAAGUUGCUGCGCCGCCAGAAGAGCACCUCCGAGCUGGAGAAUCGCGUUGACAUCGAGGAAGAAACCGCCGUCGCAGCCGCCGCCGACAAGUCCGUCCACGUAGCUGGUUCAAAGUUGGAUGGCAGCUCAGUGGGCAUCGGAGCAGCAAGCAGCGCUAAUCUAACGACGCUGCCACUGCAGCCAAUCGAGCGCCAGCCCGUCGCUGAUAUACCCAUUGUCGUCAAUAUGCCUGACUUGGCAUUGCAGGAGCAGCAGCAGCAACAGCAGCAACUACAGCAACAGCAGCAGCUACAUCAACAAUUGACACAACAUCAGCGGGAGCAGCAUCAACGCAGUUUGGCAUCUGUGGCGCAGGCGGCAGCGGUGCGUGCUGGCCGCGGCGUGCGACCACCGCCAGUGGCCAUGCCCAUACUGGGCGUGCAGUUGCAACAACAGGAGCUGCAGCAGCAACGUGGCGGUCUGCCCGUGCCCCAACAAGAUAUCUCUAGUAGUUCAGCACCGCACUCGCCGCGCCGCCAAAAGUUGAAUUUACGCAUGAAAUCGUUGAGCUUGGACUCGCCGGAAUCGUCGGAGCUGCACGGUCAGUUCAGGCGGCGGCAGCAUCUGCCCGCCAAUGCCGCCUCAACAUCCACGGCCGGGUACUAUCAUGGCGGCUCCGGUGGGCAUCUGGAGCACAGUACUCCGCCGUCGAACAACAGCAGGCUGCACUCACCCUCGAGCCCCUCGCAUCCGGGCCGUAAGCUGCUUUAUGCCACACGUGGCAUGCGUGGCGGCAGCGUCGAUUUGCCCGACGACAUGGAGAAGUCGCAGUCAUCGGCCAGCACAUCGCCGUGUCUAUCUCCAGUAAGACAUCCUCAGAAAUCGCAUCGACUGCUGCCCACCAAUUUGUACGUCAUACUCUACAACUUCAAGGCGCGCCAUGCCGAUGAAUUGGAUCUGAAAGCGGGCUACAAGGUAACAGUCAUCGAUACCUCAGAUCCGGACUGGUGGAAGGGCAAGGUGCUGGGACGAGUUGGCUUCUUCCCCUCCAAGUAUUGUGUGCGUCUCAAUGCCAACGAGAAGCCGCUGCAAGUCACCCACAAUCUGCAGGUGUCCGAUGGUGAGCGUGGCGAGAAUAUGACGCUACUGCGAGAUCAGAUUGUCAUACAGACUGGCGACGAGGUGAACGGCAUGGUGAUGGUGCGCUCGGCGGACAACCGUCAGGGCUAUUGCCCCAUCAAGUAUCUGCAGGAGGUGUGACAGCCAGAACAAGAAGAAGAGCCG